UAGUCUCGCGAUAUUUGUGCGCCUAAUCGGCAAGCCGCACAAGGUCAGUUGCAUGAGUUACUACUGUCAGUCGGUGGUGACCGGAACAGUCUGCUUAAGUAGCACUUUCUAGAAGCUUCGUCAGAGUGUCUCAGCUCUUGGGAUCGGGUCAAUAAAUCUAGUUUAAUUGUGCGUCGUUUCAGAGAUGGCCCGAGGAAGCCGCAGCCGUCCCUCAGCAGCACCCAGCCCAGCUCCAUCCCAUGCUCCGGCCCCUGUCCCCCCACCUCCAGCUGCCCUGGCCACAGCUCCAGCUCAGUCCCAGGGGCCGGGCCUAAUGGCCCAGAUGGCUACAACAGCUGCUGGGGUGGCAGUAGGCUCGGCUGUGGGCCAUGUCGUUGGUAGCGCUCUCACUGGAGCAUUUAGUGGGGGCAGCAGCAGCAGCAGUUCAGAGCCAGUCAAGCCUACAUACCAGGAGCCACCUCGGCCUGCUCCAGCCCAGUCAGGCCCCUGUCAUUUUGAGGUCAAACAGUUUCUGGAUUGUGCCACCAACCAGAGUGACCUGAGUUUAUGUGAGGGCUUCAGUGAGGCACUCAAACAGUGCAAGUACUCCCACGGAGUGACAUCACUGGUGUGAGAGAUCAGUAUCAGCUGUCACGAUGGACAUAUUUAAAUAAGGGUUCCUACGCUGUAUUGUAGACAUGUUGUAGACACAUCAUAACCCCAAAAUCUAAAGGCUGUACUCAGGCAGUAAGCAUUUUGGUUUGUUUGUCUGAUUGACUGAUGACUGUGUGAUGUAUGAAAUGUUUUUGGUAAUGUACAGUAUAUAAUCCUUUAAUAAAAAGCUGCUAUCUACCUGCA